AUGCUUGGUAGUGAUCUUCAUGCCUGGUGCUCUGUUUUGUAUCCCUUUGUGAUGGGCACUUCGGUGCUCAAUAUUUGUCUUGUAAGUUGUUGGUCUGAAUUUGUUUGUCAUGAUUUCUUGCAAUUGGAGACGCCAGAUGUAGAGCUGUGCUAUAAUGUGGUGUACAUGGUUGUAGUAUUUCUGUUGUGGAGCACCAAUGGCACUUUUGAUGGAGCGAGGCAAGAUCUGCAAGCUGAACGCAUGACAAAGAAGGAUGAGGCUUUGAGUGCAAUGGCGGGGUGGAAGGCGGUGAAGAGUGAAGGGAAUGGCAAUCUGGGUGGCUCUGUGGAAGGGAACACUGGCUUUAGUGGUGAAGGACAGUCGGGGUUUGAGCUUGACGUGGAUGGUUCAUUGCCUUUUUACAUAAUUGAUGCUCACGAGGAGAUUUAUGGUGCUAAUAUGGGUACUCUUUAUCUGUUUGGGAAGGUCAAAGUUGGGAAUGGAUACCAAAGUUGCUCUGUCGUUGUAAAGAAUAUGCAGAGAUGUGUUUAUGCAAUCCCAAAUAAUUCUGUAUUUCACACUGAUGAGAUGGUGAAACUUGAGAAAGAUGGGGAAGAGUCCAAGAUUUCUUCUUCUGGUUUCCGAACAAAGCUUCAUGAUGUGGCAUCAGGAUUGAAGAAUGAAGUUGCAAAACACUUGUUAAAUCUUAAUGUUUCAAGUUUUUCCAUGGCCCCGGUUAAGAGGCGAUAUGCUUUCGAGAGAUCUGACAUACCUGUUGGGGAGAAUUAUGUGCUCAAGAUUAACUAUCCAUUCAAGGAUCCACCACUUCCAGCAGAUCUGAAAGGAGAAACGUUCUGUGCUCUGCUUGGGACUCGCAGCAGUGCAUUGGAGCUUUUCCUUGUUAAAAGGAAGGUGAAGGGGCCUUCUUGGCUGUCAGUUUCAAAUUUUUCUACAUGUUCGGCUUCUCAGAGGAUCAGCUGGUGCAAGUAUGAGGUUAUUAUUGACUCGCCCAAAGACAUUCGGAUUUCAUCUUCAUCAAAGUGCACGACAGAAAUUCCCCCUAUUGUUGUUUCAGCUAUAAAUUUGAAGACUAUCAUCAACGAGAGGCAGAAUAUAAAUGAAGUAGUCUCAGCAUCCAUUAUCUGCUGUCGCAGAGCUAAGAUAGACACUCCUAUGUUGGCUUCAGAAUGGAAGAAACCUGGUCUCCUCAGCCACUUUACUGUUGUUCGCAAACUUGAUGGAGGCAUUUUUCCAAUGGGGUUUACCAAAGAGGUGACAGAUAGAAACUCAAAAGCUGGAUCAAAUGUUUUAGUCUCUGAAAGCAGUGAAAGAGCUUUAUUAAAUCGGCUGAUGAUUGAGUUAUACAAGUUGGACAGUGAUGUUCUUCUCGGACAUAAUAUAUCUGGGUUUGACCUGGAUGUUCUCCUGCACAGAGCCCAGGCUUGCAAAGUACCAAGCAGUAUGUGGUCCAAAAUUGGCCGUCUGAAGCGUUCUAUGAUGCCCAAGUUAACAAAAGGAAGCACCAUCUUCGGGUCUGGAGCGAGCCCAGGGAUCAUGUCAUGCAUUGCUGGUCGUCUUUUAUGUGAUACAUAUUUGUGUUCCCGUGACUUGUUAAAAGAGGUUAGCUAUUCUUUGACACAACUGUCAAAGACUCAGCUAAACAAAGACCGCAAGGAGAUUGCUCCACACGAUAUUCCCAGAAUGUUCCAAACAUCUGAAUUGCUCAUGGAACUUAUUGAAUAUGGUGAGACUGAUGCAUGGUUAUCUAUGGAACUCAUGUUUCAUCUGAGUGUUCUUCCCCUUACCCGCCAGCUGACCAAUAUCAGUGGUAAUCUAUGGGGAAAGACUCUCCAGGGUGCUAGGGCGCAAAGAGUAGAGUAUCUUUUAUUGCAUGCAUUUCAUGCAAAAAAGUACAUUGUCCCAGACAAGUCUUCAUCUUACACAAAGGAAACAAAAGUUACAAAAAAGAGAAUAAAUGACGGGGUUGAGGGAAAUGUAGAUGAGGUGGAUAACAAUGAUGUGAAUUUUGAUGAAACUCACAAUGACCGCGGAAAAGGGAAAAAAGGUCCUGCAUAUGCUGGUGGAUUAGUUUUGGAGCCAAAAAGAGGUCUAUAUGACAAGUAUGUGUUGCUCCUGGAUUUCAACAGUCUCUACCCUUCCAUUAUUCAGGAAUACAAUAUAUGCUUCACAACAGUUGAAAGGUUUCCAGAUGGAUCAGUUCCUCGUUUGCCAUCUAGUAAAACAACUGGAGUUCUACCUGAAUUGCUGAAAAAUUUGGUUCAGAGAAGGAGAAUGGUAAAGUCAUGGAUGAAAAAUGCAUCUGGUAUUAAGGUCCAGCAACUUGAUAUUCAGCAGCAGGCUCUCAAGCUCACUGCAAAUAGUAUGUAUGGAUGCCUUGGGUUUUCUAAUUCGAGAUUUUACGCAAAGCCUCUUGCAGAGCUUAUUACACAACAAGGAAGGGAGAUUCUACAAAGCACUGUUGAUCUUGUUCAGAAUAAUUUAAACUUGGAGGUAAUUUAUGGUGACACGGAUUCAAUAAUGGUUUACAGCGGACUAGAUGAUAUUGCAAAAACAAAAACAAUUGCAGGAAAAGUCAUCCAAGAGGUAAAUAAAAGGUAUAAGUGUCUAGAAAUUGAUCUUGAUGGUCUGUACAAGAGAAUGCUGCUUCUGAAGAAGAAAAAGUAUGCAGCUAUAAAGGUGCAGUUCAAGGAUGGGACACCAUAUGAGGUUAUUGAACGCAAAGGUCUCGAUAUGGUUCGUCGUGACUGGAGCUUACUGGCUAAGGAAUUGGGAGAUUUCUGCCUUGGUCAAAUCUUGUCUGGAGGGUCUUGUGAGGAUGUUGUUGAAUCAAUACAUAACUCUCUCAUGAAGGUACAGGAAGAAAUGAGGAAUGGACAAGUAGCACUUGAGAAAUACAUCAUCACGAAAACAUUGACUAAACCACCUGAAGCCUAUCCUGAUGCCAAAAAUCAACCGCACGUUCAGGUGGCUCUGAGAUUGAAGCAAAGUGGUUAUUCUACUGGUUGCUCAGCUGGUGACACAAUUCCAUACAUAAUUUGCUGUGAACAGGGGACUAGUUUGAGUAAUUCGGCAGGGAUUGCUCACCGUGCCAGGCAUCCUGAUGAGUUGAAAAAAGAUGAGGGGAAAUGGAUGAUCGACAUUGAUUACUACUUGUCACAGCAGAUCCAUCCAGUGGUAUCCCGUUUAUGUGCUUCAAUUCAAGGAACAAGCCCAGAGCGGUUGGCUGAUUGUUUAGGACUUGACCCAUCCAAGUUCCAAAGUAAAUUAAGUGAAGCUGUCAGCAAUGACCCUGCUGGUUCGCUCUUGUUUGCUGUAGAUGAUAAUGAGAGAUAUCGAGGUUGUGAGCCAUUGACCUUGUCAUGUCCAAGCUGUUCAGGUACUUUUGACUGCCCUGCUGUAUUCAGUUCCGUUUGUAUGUUAACUGGUGAGAAGCCAACGAAACUGCAACAAGAGGAAUCUACCUGCAAUUUUUGGCGCAAGCUGCGCUGCCCUAAAUGUCCUGCCGAAGGUGAUCUGGGUAGAAUAUCUCCUGGAAUGAUAGCAAACCAGGUCAAAAGGCAAGUGGAUGGGUUUAUUUCAAUGUACUACAAGGGCUUAAUGAUGUGUGAUGAUGAAACUUGCAAGCACACAACUCGAAGUCUGAACCUGCAGUUGGUUGGUGAUUCUGAGAAAGGAACAGUUUGUCCAAACUAUCCCCGCUGCAACGGGCGUCUUGUGAGGAAGUACACUGAAGCAGAUCUAUACAAGCAACUCUCAUAUUUCUGUCAUCUCUUGGAUACCACACGCAGCAUAGAAAAGAUGGAGACCAGUGCGAGGAUACCGCUAGAGAAAGAGUUAGCCAAAGUUCGGCCACUUGUUGAUUUGGCUGCAUCUACAGUUGAAAGAAUUCGAGACCGAUGCUCCUUUGGUUGGGUGCGGAUGAAUGACCUUAUUAUCGCAGUUUGAAUCACGUUUAGGUUCUUUCUUAUUAUUCUAAUUCUGCCCGUAAAUAUUUAUGAACCUAGGUAUCAUCGGCUGACGAAAUAUAAGUAGCAAAAUUAAGUCCUAUUUUUUAUUUCUAUAAAUUUGCUAAUAUGGUUAAACCACCAUUUUGGUAUACAGAUGACAAGUUCUUCGGAAACUGAGUAUUUCUCGUCCUUAAAUUUCACUAAUCUACGUUCUGAUCAAGAGCUGGUCAUGGGCCAAGUUGGGCCAGCAGGUGGAUUUCGGGUCCAACUUAAGGUCUGCCUAAGCCUAUCUAAACUCAGCCCACAGAAUACCUCAGCUACAAUGGCAAAUCCAAAUAAUAAUCAAAAUUAAACGAGAAUUUGGAGGAAGAAAGAGCCAUUAUUCAUUUUAUUAAGCAUAGAGAAAAAUAAUGGAUUAUUAGGAUUAAAGGCAGACAACAAUCUGACGUAUAAAAGACUGAAGAGGCUCCUCCAACUCCAUUGGACUCAGUACUUGCUUCUUGCAAUUUGUACACUUUCCAUGGCAUUUAUCCCGGCUGUCACUGCAGCUCCCCGA